GGGGAGGGCGUGGGAGGGGAAGGGGCGGAGAUUGAGGGGCUGGAGGGGGAGAGCGGCGUGGCCACCCUGAGCGAGGAGGUAGUAGGCAAGCUGCUGUCGUCCCUCCCGCUCGUGCGCGUCUACUUGCUGUCGCAUGCGAGGGACGACCGGACCGUGACGACUCAGAGUCGGGAGGCCGUCCCCAAGCUGGGCCUGACCCGCCUGCGGCUUGUGCGGCACGUGGAAGCCUUGGUCAAGCUCUGCAGCCCCCGGGUGGACCGGGCCCUGGAGAAAGAGGGGGUCCUGACGGUCUGUCUGGACAUGCUCUUCAAAUACGAGUGGACGUCCGUGCUGCACCAGAGCGUGACACGGAUCGUGACCUGGAUCAUGGACGCCGGGCCCUCCCGCGUGGGCCUUCAGGCCUACCUGGUCACGGAGGGUGCCAUCUUGCAGAGAAUCCUGGAGGCGGACGCCCACAAUGAAAGUGCGGAGCGGCCGGAGAGCCAGGCGGAGGCUUCGAAACGAGAGCCGGGGAGAGGGGUGUUUGAGGGGCGCGGGAGGGACGUUAAAGGGCUAGAG